AUGUCAGUGAAGGAGACUUCUAUCCCCCUGCCGCUCGCGGCGGAAUCCGUACUGGAUGUCGACAACGGCAUCACGGCGACAAGUGCCAUCUCCGUGCUUGGCGGUCGAGCCAUGCUUAUUGGCACCAGUGAAGGCAGCAUUCUGCUUUGCGUUUCAAUGAAUGAGAACGCACGUGUGCUGACGCCGCAUUCCGAAGCAACAUUGCACUUCGGGGCCAUCUACGAUAUCACCAUCAGCUCACAUCACCUUGUUGCAACAGCUGGCCACGACGCCGUCAGCUGCGUCUUUCCUCUACACACACUCUACCGCGACAGUGGAAUCACGCAGUGUCGGCGAAUCACGGGGCACACUGUCCCUGUCGUCGCAGUCCGGUUCCUUUCUGAUGGGGCAUCCCUAGUGGCUCUUGGGGCUGACGGACGAGUACUCGUGGUCGAGGUACGCAGCGGAGCUGUGUUGACAUCCCUGUUCUGCGGCUUUGCCGCGACCUGCUUGGCGUGCUCGCUGGAUGAGACACAGCUUUUCGUUGGCGGUCGGUCCCUCGCAUCAAUCGAUCUGCACCACGCGAUGCGACCAACAUAUUUGCAGUCCGUGGCUGUCGCAGCCGCUGGACUCGAUGCGCGGGCGUCUCUCUCAGGCACUGCGGCAGCGUUUGGUGACGCGGUUCUUCCUCGCGCCCCAGCAUGGCUGCGGCUGUAUGCGUGGGAAGAGAAGUCGGAGGCAACUGUUGGUGCAUCUCAGUGGCAGUUCCGGACACCUCCCCAUAUGUUAAUCCGCUCGCUGGAUGUGGACUCAGGGGACGGGGCUUUGAGCGCUGUAUUUGCUCGCCACGUGUUGGGUACCACGUCUGUGGAGGUCUGUGGCAGCGCGCGGUGGGCCGCUGCAGGCGGCAGGACCGCAUGCGAGACAACCUGGGCACCCCAGGCCUUGCGGUGUGUCCCCACUACACUAGGCUGUCGCUUGCCGAGAGACUGCUCUACGAGUGUGGCGGCUAAGAAGCUACGGGUACGGUGCCGAGUGAAGGUAUCUGCCCGUCCGUCCGCCAAGCAGACUUCUACCCAGCCCAGAUCGUUCCUGUCCAGUUCGGUGGCUCUCUGGAACGGUCGCUGGUACACUUCAGCAUUUGAGCUGGCAGGUGGCACGCCUCGACUCGCUGCAUCUGACGACUUUGCCGGGGUAUCAGUUUUCACGGCAGAGACAAGCGACCAAGACGGCUUCCCAUCGGCAGGCCCUCGAACCCCAGGUGAGGAGCUACUCAUUGCCCAGGCGCAGCGCGACGAGCUGCAGCGUGAGUGCGAUGCACUGUUUUUUCAGAUUAAGAGCCUUCUAGCUCACAAGGCAGCGGCCCGAUCGUCGUAA